AUGCGUGGGCUCGACGAAAGUACCGACGUGCUGAUCCGGGUUGGCCAGACGGCCGGCGAGCAGGUCAAGCAUGGCUGGGACGCCUUUGUCAAUUUUGCGGCUCGCGAUAACGUGCUUGAGGUGGCACUGGGUUUGAUAAUUGCUAAUGCCUUUACGAAAGUCGUGACGUCCUUCGUGUCCGAUAUGGUCUUGCCGGUUAUUUCAAUGCUACCGUUCUUGAAUCGGAAUAUGGGUCAGAAGUUCGCGGUGCUGUCGAAGGGGCCUCAUUAUGUUCAGGGGCAAGGGUACAAUACUGUCAAGCAAGCUCGGGAUGAUGGGGCCUUGGUACUUGCGUGGGGGAGUUUUAUUGAGAAUAUGGUCAGCUUCAUGGGGGUGAGCUUGACUCUGUUUGCGGUCGCUCACUUGUACAUGGCCAUCUCUCACAACAAGAUCAUCAAACCCACCGUCAGGUGCAGGUAUUGCAAGAAAUACAUUAGUAUCGAGGCAAAACGCUGUCUGAACUGCUCAAGCUGGCAAGAUGGUCGAGAGGACCUGCCUGGAGAGCACGAAGACCAUGAAGACGAGGAGCUGACCGGUGAUAGAUCAUGA